GACAUGCCUUAUCUGUAAGACACAAUUACUAAUAGAAUGUCUAAGGCAAAACUGGAAAAAGCGUAAAAAACAAAUAAAUAUACAAUAAAUACAAAAAACAUUUAAUAACAAACCAGACAGACUAACUAACACAAGUAAAAGGAUAUGCAAGCCUGUAAGUCCCUAAAAAUGGCAUUUAAUAUAGAAAUAUUUGGAAACUAACACAAAACAUAUCAUUAAAAAAAUUGAAAACGAAAGUGUUUGAAAAUUUACUACACCAAGAGGAGAGAAGAACGUGAAACAAUUGUAAACAAUGACAAAGCAAAUUCUAAAUAUUUUUCUAUACCUGUUGGUUUUAUUAACUCUAGUAAAAACUGCUCCAACACCUUUUGGUUGCAUGAGCUUUAAAGAAGAUGAUCGCAUACUCUUAGAUGAAGAUGAUGACACCGAUGAGUAUGAUCCACCACAAUUUGAUUCAUCUGGUCUGACAGCCAAAGAAUUACAGAAUACCGUUAAUACCAAAUUGGAAGUUGUGGAAACAACUACACCCACUUUUCGGGUGUGUCCAGCUGAUUAUACAUUUUGUUUUUCUCUUUGGAGCAAUACGCCGAAUGGAACUCAAAUUGUAAAACAAGGUUGUUGGAAAGAAAGCACAGAAGGUAAUGCCACCUGUAAUCACUCGGAAUGUGUCAGUUCUUCACCAACAUCAACCUCGCGUAAUAGUUCCAUGUAUUAUUGCUGUUGUUCGGGUAAUUCUUGUAAUAAUAAUGUAUCGGUAGUAGAACCCUCAUUUCUAGAGUUAUCGAAAACAAAUUUUGCUGAAGCUUCAAAUUUAUUAAAACCUAAUGAUAAACUAAAGUGGUCGACCACCAACCUGUGGUUUGCUGUUUUAAUCGUUUGCCUCUUUAUAACGCUUAUGUCAACUUUUAUAUAUUUUCGCAGCAUAAGGGAAAAACCAGAGCCAGAGGAGGCACCUUUAGCUCCCUCGGGUCCUGGUUAUAGUUCUAAUUUACGUAAUGUUGAUAACUUAAAUUUGAUUUGCAUGCUGGACAGUGGCAAAUAUGGUACCGUAAUGAAGGGUUUGUUGCAUGACCAAGAGGUGGCAGUUAAAAUAUUUCCCGAGGCCCAUCAGCAGUAUUUUAUUAACGAACGGAAUAUUUACUCUCUGCCUUUGAUGGAUUGUCCCGCCUUGUUGACCUAUUUCGGCUAUGACGAACGCCAUACUAUGGAGGGUAAAUUGGAAUAUCAUUUGGUUUUGUCUUUGGCUCCUUUGGGAUGCUUACAAGACUGGUUAAUAGCUAACACAGUGAAUUUUGAAAUAUUCUGUGGCAUGGUGAAAACCAUAACUAGAGGUCUUUCUCAUUUACAUACCGAAUUAAAAAGAGGUGAAGAACAUAAGCCCUGCAUAGCACACAGGGACCUGAAUACGCGUAAUAUUUUAGUAAAAGCGGAUCGUACCUGUUGUAUAGCCGAUUUUGGUUUUGCUUUAAAGGUAUUUGGUCCUCGUUACGAAUACAAAGGAGAGGUGGCAGAAGCUGAAACUAAGUCCAUAAAUGAAGUGGGUACUUUGCGUUAUAUGGCUCCAGAACUACUGGAAGGAGCCGUAAACUUAAGGGAUUGUGAGACUUCCCUAAAACAAAUGGAUGUUUACUCUUUGGGUUUGGUGUUAUGGGAAGUGGCCACACGUUGUUCAGAUUUUUAUCCACAAGGACAAGUCUCACCACCCUAUAAAGCUCCUUAUGAAUUGGAAGUGGGUUCUCAUCCCUCUUUCGAUCAAAUGCAAUCAUUGGUAGUAAGACGUAAGGCACGUCCUCUUUUCCCCACUGGCUGGGGAGGUGGUCCUGCCGCAAAGCUAAUAAAAGAUACUUGUGAAGAUUGUUGGGAUCAUGAUGCCGAGGCACGUUUAACUUCCCUAUGUGCCGAGGAGAGAAUGCAUGAAGCUGCUACCAUAGGAGCUCGUUUAAAUGCCCAUUUAACAGCUACAACUCCUUUAUUGAAUACCAAUAAUCUGGGUACUAUUCAUUCAGAACACGAAACAAUUUAUGAGCAUAAACCUCGUUCUCCCAAUAAUAUAGAAACCAUAACAAACGACACUAAUACCGUAUUUAAUCCACCACCAAAUAUGAAAUUGUUUCCUUACUUAAAGGAUAACAAUGAGCAUGCAUCUACAUCAUCAACAACCGAAAAGAAUCUUUUAAUACAACCGCAACAGCAAUUGCAACCCUAUCAGGGUAGAAAUCCCUGUCAGGAAAGAAAUCUAGCACCUAAAGUGGCCCAAUAUCCACAAAAACUUAUACAAAGUAGCAAGAAACACAGUUUCCAACCACAUUCUGGUGAGGAUAAUGGUUUUUCCUGUUUAGACGAUGAUGUUUCUGUGGAAGAAUUGAUCUCUGGCGGCAGCUCUAAGAAGUUUCCCUCGCUGGAACAAGAGGAAUCCACUCAUAUGGGCCAAGGUUUUCCUAAACAACAAAAUACUGAUCGUAAACUGAAAGGUUGGCAUGGUGUUAGAGCUUUAAUACAAAAACGGCUGUUUCGCAAAAAUGAUGGCAUGGAGAAUUUUGACAUCUUUCGGCAUUUAAAUGGGGGAGAUGAAAAAUCAAAUCUGGUGGAGAAAAAUCUAAGCAACAAACCGGUGGUUAUCAGUUUUAUAGACAAAGAGAAAACCAAUUGUGAUAAACCCAGUGCUACGACGACUAACCUGGUAGGGGAUCAUACCAAUAAUGGUUAUGUACAAAAUAAAAGGCCCAAUAAUUUGGAUCUAAGUCCGCUGGCACAGACAAAUGGCUUUAAAAUAACGCCACCCAAUAGUUUGCAAUCAAAUCCCAUAACCACCAUUGAAGAAGAAGAGUUGCAUAAUGGAGUUGAUGCAUUUGAAGAGGAGGAUACCAAUGAUGAUGUAGAUGAAGUGGAUGGUAUAGUGGAAUAUAGAUUGAAAAGUCUAGACAAACGAAAGUCUACACCCUCACAUAUAGUAACACGAUCUAGAUCAACUAAUCUGUCUAUAGACACGACAAAUGGCCAUUUAAGCGAAGCGGAACUUAAAAAUAUUUCAGCCAUAAAUAAUGCAGUCAUGAUGAGAAAUCACUCCAAUUCAGAGCCACAAUUUAGAAGACAACGUAGUCUAGAGGUAUUUCGUGAGGUAUUUAAUGCACGUGGCAGCAAUGAAAGACUACGUGAUCCCAGUCAACGUGUCAAGACGCCAGGAGAUGUACCACCUUCGGUACGUAAAAUAAGAGCUUCAAAAACUUUAAGUCUUUACGAUGAUCGCAUGAUGGACUCGUCUCUCUUAAAUGCACUCUAGCAUGAAGAGGUUCUGCUCUUGGAAUUAUAGGAGCAGAACUUUUGAUACUCAAUCAAUUAGAAAUCAUAAUCAUACUCAUCAUUUUCUAAACAUAUUUACAUAUUUAUUGUAUAAUUAUAAAUAUUACAGGACAAAAUUCACAUACACACACAUAUACAUACGUAUUCUUAGAUCUUUUAUAGAUAAAGUUCUAUAAAAAUUUAAAUAACAUAUAGAAAUACAAAGCAAAACCAAACGACCAAAGUUAAAGUUUCUUAUAAUUAUAGCGAGAUUAAUUUUAAUUUAAUCUAUUUUAUAUAAGAACUAAAAACUUUUGUCAGUUUCUUUAUUUCAGUUUUCUUUUUUUUUAUAUAUUUUUUAUAGCAAAAACAAAAAGAGAAUAAUGAAUUAAAAAAAAGUGUUAAAUGUUUAUAUGUAUGUAAUUAAUUAAUGUAUUUUUGUAGUAAAGUCAUAAUUAGCUUAGUAAACAUAAUCAUUAUAUUAGACAAAAAAAAAGUUAUACUUUAUUUCACAGAGUGAGCCAACAGCGGGAACAGAGAUCAAGUCAUUAGAAAGAAGUCUGUUUAGAAAGCAUUUUCAAUUAUAUAUUUAGUUUCUUAUUCUCACACUCACACACACAUAUCUUAAGUUUUCAAUAUACAUAUGUAUUUUAGCUGCAAUUGUUUUGAGAUUUGUUAAGAGAUUUAUUUCAAAAUGUUGGCAUUUCUUAGUUUAAGUUAUUAAUCUUAAUGACUUGAUCAAUUGAUAUGUUUUUGACAAAUUGCUAAACUUAACUAUUUCAUGUUAAAACUAAGUGUUGAGAAAUGUCUUCAUUAGAAUUUAUUUAAAACAAAUAAAAGCAUCCAUAUAUAAAUUUAGAUUUAAAUGUUUCAUAUUUCUAUUAAAAAAGACUUUAGACAAAUCAAAAAGUGCUUUUAACAAGAAUUCAUUCUGAAAAAAACUAAAUUCAUUUAAUAAAAAUGUUCACACAAUUCGCAACUAAAUAACACAGAAAUAUGAAACUAUAAUUAUAAUAAUUUAUGCAUAAAAAACAUAAAACAAACUUAUAACAAAGACACAUGAAAAGUAAAUUUAUGGAAUAAAAGAACCUUAGUAUAACAAAUCAUAAAUGUAUACAUAAAUGAAUAAAUGUUUGUAUGGACUCAGUAUAGAAUUUUCACCACAAAAAAGGCCUUCUAGAAAAUUUUUUUGUAAAACAAAUAAAAAUAUAUUAAAAAACAAACAACAUUUCAAUUAAAACAUUUACUUUAAAUAUUUUGUACGUACAUGUAAAUACAAUUAAUCAAUUAUUUAUUAAAAUAAAAAGU